GCUCCGCGGCGGGGGGCACGGCUCGGGCGGGCGGAUAAAGCUGCCCGGGCGGCGCGGCAGGGCAGGAGCGGGGGUAGAGCCGGUGCCGGGGCUCUUCUCCUUCUCCGCUCCUCCGCCCUCCCUCCCGCAGCUGCGGCGGCCCGCCCGCCUCACCUCCCCCCGCCUCCGCCGUCCCCGCGCCGCGGCAGAGCCGACGGGUGAGGAGCUGCCUGCGCCCGGCCCACCCUCGCCGGGGAUUAUGCCAGCGGAGCGCGGGCAUGUCGGCAGGCAGCCACUGGUAGGCAGCGGCAGCCGCCGAGCCGCCGCGGCAUCAGCAGCACCAGCGGGAGCCGCGGCCGCUGCGCCGGGAGCAGCCGGAUGUUGACACAUGUGGACCAACAGUGACAUCCUUUUCCAGCAAUGCUGUCUUUACUCCCUCCUGCAUUCGGAAGCAUCUAGAGAGAUAUUUUGCAGAAGGGAUCCUCAAUGCAUUUCCUUGCCAUUAUUUAAGGAGCCUUUACUAAAAACUUCUGGAUUGUGUUUCUGAGUGGACAAAGGAUUUCUGUAUUCAAAAUGCUCAUAAAGGAAUAUCGUAUUCCUCUGCCCAUGAGCGUGGAAGAAUAUCGAAUCGCGCAGCUCUACAUGAUACAGAAAAAGAGCAGAGAGGAGACAUGUGGGGAAGGCAGUGGAGUAGAGAUCCUGGAGAACAGGCCAUAUGUGGAUGGACCGGGAGGCAACGGGCAGUAUACUCACAAAGUGUACCACAUUGGUAUGCACAUACCCAGCUGGUUUCGGUCAAUAUUGCCCAAGGCAGCUCUGCGAGUUGAAGAGGAAUCAUGGAAUGCAUAUCCUUAUACAAGGACAAGGUAUACGUGUCCUUUUGUGGAGAAGUUCUCUAUUGAUAUUGAGACCUACUACAAAACUGAUCCAGGAGAUCAUGUCAACGUGUUCAACCUUUCUCCUGCAGAAAAAAGACAAACCAUUCUAGAUCCUAUCGAUAUUGUUAAAGAUCCUAUCCCUCCACAUGAAUAUAAAGUUGAGGAGGAUCCAAAGCUGUAUAAAUCAGUGAAGACUAAAAGAGGCCCCCUCUCAGAAGACUGGAUUCAAGAGUACAAGAACAACCCUGGGAAAUACCCCAUCAUGUGUGCAUAUAAACUGUGUAAAGUCGAGUUCAGAUACUGGGGGAUGCAGUCGAAAAUCGAGCGGUUUAUCCAUGAUGUCGGCUUGCGGAAGGUCAUGGUCCGUGCCCAUCGGCAGGCGUGGUGCUGGCAGGACGAAUGGUAUGGGCUCACCAUUGAGGAUAUCCGGCAGCUGGAGAAGGAGGCACAGUUGAUGCUGGCUCAGAAGAUGGCCCAGUUCUGCAGUGAAAAUGAUGCCGAGCAGCAUGGUGUCAAAGAAGCUCCUGGUGAGAAGGAUGUUGAAGCCAACACAGUUUCAAAUGUUGACACAGAGGAUGCUGCUGGUAACAGUGAAACGCCAUCUGGGAGAUCACUCACCAAGCAGUGGUCAACCUCUUCUAAGUCCUCACGAUCUUCAAAGAGAGGAGCAAGUCCCUCACGCCAUAGUAUCUCCGAGUGGAGGAUGCAGAGCAUUGCCAGAGAUUCAGAUGACAGCUCAGAUGAUGAAUUCUUUGAUGCACAUGAGGACUUGUCUGACAAUGAGGAAAUGUUCCCGAAAGAAAUAACCAAAUGGAGUUCCAAUGAUCUGAUGGAUAAAAUUGAAACCCCCGAAUGCGAUGAUGUCCAGGGUGACUUGUAUCAUGAGACAUCAGCAGAGUACCACGUUGGCUCCAGUGUGGAGAGGCUCAGCAUCAUUGAAGAUGAAUCAGUGCAGCCAUUAAUGCAGCCAAGUAAAAUCCAUGUCCUCCUUUUGGUACUCCACGGAGGAAACAUCCUGGACUCAGGAAGCGGUGACCAGAGCUCUAAGCAAGGGGAUGUCAACACCAUCACAACAGUGUUUGACACAGUGAUGAGGGUACAUUACCCAGCUGCUCUUGGACACAUUGCCAUCAGACUAGUCCCUUGCCCAGCCAUCUGCUCCGAAGCGUUUUCACUGGUGUCCAGCCUCAGCCCAUAUAGUUAUGAUGAAGGCUGCCUGUCCAACAGCCAGGAUCACAUUCCCCUCGCUGCACUCCCUCUGCUAGCAACAUCAUCCCCACAGUACCAAGAAGCAGUGGCCACAGUCAUCGUCAGAGCCAACCAGGCCUACAGCGAGUUCAUCAGAUCCCAGGAGGGCAUGUCAUUCAAUGGCCAGGUCUGCUUGGUAGGGGACUGUGUUGGAGGAAUCCUGGGAUUUGAUGCCUUAUGCUACAGCAAUCAGACUGUGUCUGAGAGCCAGAACAGCAGCCGGCGAGGGAGCGUUGUGAGUGUCCAGGAUACCGACCUCCUGUCUCCUGGAAUAACGGUGAAUAACAGCUAUUGUUCCAGUGGCUCUAAUCUGGAAGCCAGCAGACACCUCAGUAGGAGCAACAUUGAUAUUCCCCGUAGCAACGGAGAAGAUCCAAAGAAGCAGCUGCCACGGAAAAGGAGUGAUUCAUCAACCUACGAACUGGACACGAUAAAGCAGCAUCAGGCCUUUCUUUCAAGUUUACAUUCUAGUGUUCUGAGGAAUGACCCAGGGUCCAGGCGGUCUAGUAGCUCUACUAUGUUGGAUGGAGGAAAUAUUGGAAAGUUUGAGUUUGAGAUCACUGACUUCUUCCUCUUUGGCUCUCCCUUGGGUCUGGUUCUUGCACUGCGAAAAACUGUCAUUCCAGCUCUUGACAUCUUUCAGCUCAGACCAGCUUGUCAGCAGGUCUAUAACCUGUUCCACCCUGCAGACCCAUCUGCAUCACGCCUCGAGCCUCUUUUGGAGAGGAAGUUCUACCUUUUGCCCCCCUUUAAUAUUCCCCGUUACCAGAGGUUCCCGCUGGGUGAUGGCAAUUCUGCUGUUCUGGCAGAUGUUGUUCAGUCUCAUGGUGCCGUCUUCAUGGAAAGCACGUCCCUGUCCACCCCCAUUUCAGCCCCUCAGUUCAGGGGCUUCCGGAGAGCCAGUGAGAUCAGCAUUGCCAGCCAGGUCUCAGGAAUGGCAGACAGUUACACUGCUUCCAACAUAGCCAACAUUGCUGCCAAGUGGUGGGGAACCAAAAGGAUUGACUACGCUCUCUACUGUCCUGAUGCUCUGACGGCUUUCCCGACAGUCGCUUUGCCGCACCUCUUCCAUGCGAGCUACUGGGAGUCCACGGACGUUGUCUCCUUCCUGCUGAGACAGGUGAUGAGGCACGAGAACUCAAGUGUUCUGGAGCUGGAUGGGAAGGAGGUGUCUGUCUUCACCCCCUCCAAGCCCCGUGAGAAGUGGCUUCGCAAGAGGACGCACGUGAAGCUCCGGAACGUCACAGCCAACCACAGGAUAAACGACACCAUCGCUAAUGAAGAUGGGCCCCAGACCUUAACUGGAAGGUUUAUGUACGGUCCAUUAGAUAUGGUCACACUCACAGGAGAAAAGGUGGACAUUCACAUCAUGACCCAGCCGCCGUCAGGGGAGUGGGUUUACUUUGACACAGAGAUCAGCAACAGCAGUGGCAGGAUUUCCUAUGUCAUUCCUGAGAACCGGCGCCUGGGCAUCGGCGUGUACCCUGUCAAGAUGGUGGUCAGGGGUGACCACACGUAUGCAGACAGCUACAUCACGGUCCUGCCAAAGGGGACAGAGUUUGUGGUGUUCAGCAUCGACGGCUCCUUUGCAGCCAGUGUAUCCAUCAUGGGCAGCGACCCCAAAGUCCGCGCCGGAGCAGUCGACGUUGUAAGGCACUGGCAAGACCUUGGCUACCUCAUUAUCUAUGUCACGGGCCGCCCCGACAUGCAGAAGCAGAGGGUGGUAGCGUGGUUAGCACAGCACAACUUCCCCCACGGCAUCGUCUCCUUCUGCGAUGGGCUCGUGCACGACCCGCUGCGGCACAAGGCCAACUUCCUGAAAUCCCUCAUCACAGACCUCCAAAUGAGGAUCCAUGCGGCAUAUGGAUCUACUAAGGACAUCUCUGUGUACAGCUCCAUCAGCCUCCCGCCCACCCACAUCUACAUUGUUGGCCGACCCACCAAGAAGCUGCAGAGCCAGUGUCAGUUCAUCACGGAGGGGUACGCAGCCCACUUGGCCCAGCUGGAGUACAACCACCGCUCGCGCCCUGCCAAGAACACCACGCGCAUGGCGCUGCGGAAGGGCAGCUUCGGGCUGCCCAGCCAGACCGAGUUCCUGCGCAAGAGGAACCACCUCCUGCGGACCAUCUCCUCCCAGCCUUCGGUCAGCAGCGCCGGCCACCGCCCCGAGCGCACCCAGAGCCAGUCCGACACCGACAGGGAGAGGGACAGGGAACGCAGCCAAAGAAGCAUGAGCAUCGCCACGGGGUGCUGGGGCCGGAGCGCAGCGUCCCGACUGGAGUCUGGCCUCUUGGGGCAGAAGUAGCCAGGCCGGAGCCAGCGACUGUCGGCUGCAGCCACCGGAGGAGAAAACAAAAGGAAAAGAGGGAUGAGGCCGGCGUUACGGGCUGGAAGGGUAAAUAUGGUGCUACUCUAAUAACAUCAUGGUAUUCUGGGAAGAGACGGGAUGUUUCCCACGCAGAACGUGCAGGCCUUACAGCGGGAGCAUGAGGUUUGUGCAGCAUGAGCCCAAGGAACAGCUGGAAAUCAGGGGGGGAAAUGUCUCCAGGUCAAGAUCGCACUCUCUCCUGCCUCCUUCUCUUAUCCAGGUUUAGUGACUGUAAAUACGUGCCUCCUCGCCUUGUUAGCCAUCGCUCCGAUACGCGUGACCGAGUGCUGUCCUCAGAGCCACAGGAACAGGGGAUGAGGCUGGGGAACUUCUUGGUUGUCCCAGGAGUCAGACUGCUCUGCUGGUACCGGCACGGGGUGGGUUUGGGGUUUGAUAACGCUGUUUCCUGGCACAGACAGCCCCAAGCGAGGGAUUUAUCAUGGGCUGUGCCAGGCAGAGCAACCGAGAGCUUUACCUGUACAAAGAGCUUCAAGUGCAGCCACUUUCUCAAGGAGAACAUGCAGUGGUGAAGCAUAAGGAUGUGUCGAUGCUGUUGGUAGGGGCAGAAUGUCGGCAGAUUCACACCCAAAAAAGUGGGGUCGUUAUUACUGUUAUUUUUUAAAGAGACCUUUUAGAAGCCGAUGGAAUUCAAUGCAUUGACCUAUUAAAAGAGGAACACAAGCUAUUUUGUUUGAGCUAUUACAAACCUCAGACACUUAAUUUGCUGUUAAAAGUCUCCAAAUAUUCUCGCUAUAUAUCCUUUCCAAAAGUAACCACCGUAUAUUCGGAAGCAGCUGAAGGCACUCAGCAGCUACAUGGCAUUGCAGUUCUUCUCAUCCAAAUGCAGGGUCUGACUCUCUCAACACCCACCUCUGAGACGAUUUCUUCUUCCCAGGUUCUCUCCAAGUUCAGUAGCAGCUUUCAUGGGAAACCAGACUUGCUUCUUUUACCUGUAGUUACUGAACUGUAAAACCUCAUUGUUUUUUGCACUGAUGAUUUUUAGAAUGGAAACCUGUUACCAUCUCAUGUAGCUACACCUAACUGUUUGUAGUGCAUGACAAUGAACUAUUGCUAAGCCAGGGUGUGUGUGUAUAUAUAUACAUUAUGUGCAUAUACAUAUGCACACACACACGUAUAUAUAUGUAUAUAUUUAUAAAGGGAAAAAAACAAUCUGUGCAGAAGUUUUUCCAGCAGUAAGGAGACUGUAAGGAAGUGUGCCAACGUCAGGCAACCUUAAGAAAAGGCCAUAUCUUAAAAUUUCCUGGUGUGUUUCUCAGUGGAUGUGCCUGAGCUGAUGGUUUGUGUGCUGCUGGAGCGAGCCAGGGCUGGGUGCAUGGCAGAGGGGAGCUGUGGGUGUGCAGGGCGAGCGGCACAGGAGCAGCAGCACUGGAGGAGAACAGUGCCUAGAGCGAGGGCUCACCAAAAGCCCCUUAGUCCUGUCCCUCCUGGGUCAGCCUGGCCCCAGCAAUGGGUCCAGUUCCCUCCUUGCACACACCUCCCGGGGCAGAGGGGCACCCACCCCGUGGUGCCCAUUUACAGACUCCAGUUGGCCUCUUCACAUGGAGAUUUUAUAGUCCUACUGAGCUCCCCGACUGCGUGUAACCCCGCUCCCCCCUCCACACUUCCCUGUCUUUAUAUCACUUUCUACUUACGAGGAUCUUAUUUAUAACAAAGAAUUUUUUAGACUGGCUGCUUCAUUUUAUUACCUGUUUCAAUCUGAAGUGCAGGACGGCCGCACUGAGAUACACAGCACUGUGAACGCUGCUCUGCUCACCGGCUCUGGGCCACGGUAGGCAAAUCUUAACUUAUCAGACACCCGAGGCAGAUCUCGUGUUCGUGGCGCUGGAGGGUCGAAGCGGAGGCAGAGGAGGGACAGUGCUGAGCUGCUGGUGGAGCACUGGAACCCACCUGCCCACCUGCUGCCCAGUGCAGCUCCCACGUCUUGCAGCCUUGACUGCAACAUGUUUAACCACUUCUCUUUGAUAAUGAUUCAAGUACAGAAUGUAUCUGAUGACUUUUGUUACCGAAAACUGACUUCCCUUUCUGCCGACUCGGUUUAGCUCUCUCUGAAUGUACAUCCAGAGCUUGACUGGGUUUAAAAACCAACGUGAGUUAUCGCAGCUUUUUGCUAGUCGAAUGUUCUAUCCAACAGAUGCCAUCUGAGUAGGAAGCCAAGCCACAAAUCCAUCCUGUGAAGUCACCAAACCACAUCACACAAUAAUUCCUGCAAAUUUGGAUAUGGCCUUUGCAAAAUUCAACUUUCCUCCAAGUCCACAACUGAGGCAUGAUCUGUACAUUUUCCAAUGCUGACAAGAUGUUCACAUUUUCUUAUGUGUAGAUAGUGUAAAACAGAGGCGAAUGUAAAUGUUCAACAUAAAAAGUGGAUAUAUAAAAUUGAAAGUUAUUUAUUUAUGUAGAGGAAAAAAAAAAAAAACAACAAAUGUCUGGAGGGACUGGAACCUUCAGGGUUUAUUAAUAUUUAAAAAUGUAGCUUUUUGUUUCAGGCAUUAUGUACAAAGCAAUUAUUUUAUGGACCAAGUUUAAUGUAACGUCAAUGAAUGCAGAAGUGCAAUAUUAUACUCACCUCUCCAUCACUCCAUGUUUUAAAUGGCUACUAACCAGUUAGACUGACAAUCAUAGCACCUCCGUCCUCAUCCUUUGUUGAGCUUCUUGAAACUUGCCCGGGUCCUUUCCCUGGCCCCCCAUCCGUUGCCAUUGUACGGAUCCAACACGGAGAAGCAAUUGUAGAGCAGGACCUUUAUUGCUGCAAUAAUACCAGAGGAGGUGGGUGUAGUUACCAGGAAACACGCCAGUAAGUUUUCCUCCACCGAUUCAGUCCAUCAUAGUCUACAUCAAUCUAUCCUCAGCCGCCCCCAUCUGGCACUCAUCUAUCUGAAGCAAAGAUCAACAUGCUACUCACUCAAAGAACAAUAGCAAUAGUUUAACUCUGUGUUUAUAACCUGUUUGUUCCGAGCUGUUUUGGAGAGCAAUGCAUGUGACCCGAUGCCUUUCCACCUGUAUGGAAGAGGAUCCGUCUGGAUGCAGUGAGGGAAAAGAUGAAUGUAUAUUCCAUCCUUACUAAAGGGGCACUGUCAGGUUAAAGACCUAAUCUUACCUUUUGUUACGAACCACUUGUUUGCAAUGAAAAGAAUCUGAAGUUUCUUGUACUCCUUCCUCCCUUCACCGUUGUCUGGGCAGCCCUCGGUGCGACCAGCGACGGUCGCGCUGCUGCUGCUGCAGCCCACGUCCUGUUCUCACACACGAGCACAACGCAGCCCGCGCUGCACAGGCUGCCUCAGCCUCUCCUUGUUCUUCGUUGUUUCCAUGGGAAUCCAACUUUGCUGCGGAGCUCAGAGUUUUUAUAAAGACAAGCAGCUUUUUGUAUUACUGCACUAUCGGGCCAGACUUUCUACCUGACGCUGUCCCUUUAAAAGUCUUUUAAGAAUAAAAAGAGGAGCCCCAUGCAUUCCCUCCGAGCCGGUUUGCUGGGUUUCCGCAUCACUCCGUCAAGAUGAGGCGAAAUCCUAAUACCAAAAACGUUUACAGUGUCCGAUACGCGAGCCGAGAGCAGGAACUAGCCAAAGGGUUACAACAAACCCCCCCGCGCCGCCCGGCAGCCUCCGUGCUUGCUGCAGCAGCCCCUUCUUCAGGUAUCGCCACUGUUUGCUGCAUUUCCUAUUAGUUCUAGAAGCCUUACGGUCCCCCUCCCUGUCCUCCUCAGCACCCUCUCUGCCUGUUGAUACCCCCUCGACUGUCAAUUUUAUAUUCCAAGGAUGUUAGUUAUAUUUUUCUUUAUAAAAACUUGCUUUAGGGGUAACAGAGGCGCGUGGGGAACGCCGGAGGGCAUGCCCGAGGGCGCUGGGUACGCCCCUGGGUGUACAGCACCGUGCCGAUGACUCGCUUGUGUGUGACAAACCCUUCUGUACAACUUCCUUCUCUUCCUUGCUGUUAGUGCAUCGUUCCAAUGCCUGGGUGUGCUUUGUGUACAGUAUCAUUGUGAGUUACACAGAUUAAAGAAAUGGGAAGGCUC